CGUGAAAUCACGAUUGUUUGCCAGUGCAAAGUCCGACAUGUACGAAGACCGGAAAGGAAUGACAGAAAGGGGAGAAGUGUCAAAGCGACAAAAUCAUCGAUGGUGACAGACACACACAAAUGGAUGGAUGGAUGGAUGCAUUGAUGGAUGGAUGUGUCUCUCCCUCGGAGUCCCUCCCUCUGAUGUGUCUCGUCCUCUCUCAGGGAGAGGGAGGGACGAACACCCCUGUUGAGGUCGUUCUGCUUGAUGAGCGGCUCAUGUCCAUUCACCAUGCCUCGGCGUGCCUGUAGACGUCUCUCCGUCUGCGUCCGUGUCUCGUCCGUGCUGUCGUGUGUGGGGGUGUGCGCGUGGGUGGGUGGGCGUCUGGCGUCAGGUUGAUCUUGACGAUGCGGGCCAGGUCGAGGUUAGUUGGAAGGUUGGCAGUCGACCAUUCGGGAAGGUUGUCUUGACGUGUGCCUGACCUGCGAUGAGCAUUCGUCUUAUCGACUGACCUCAGCUCAUCUCGGCCCUGUUGUUGUCUAUCCACUCCCGGAGGACUGUUGCAGUGCUGCUUUGCUGGACUGCCCCUCCUCCAGGUUGACGUUGAACAGGCAGAGCAGCUCGCUCAGGAGAGAGGACGAGACACAAUCACACGCAGCCUGAAGUAAGUGAAGGACAACCCCAUGGACGUGAGCGUGAUCUGCCUGUGGGUACCUGCUCCUCGUCAGAUGGAUGGGUGCGGCCCUGCCGGUUGCGCGCAAGUCUGCUACAGGUCUUGAAAUCAUAGUCGAGCUCCUGCGUGCGAUGUGCGAUGGCCUUCACACGGCGGGUGUGAUGCGGCUCGCCUGGAGGACACUUGGGCAGCUUGUUGGCGUCAGGCGGAGCAACCUCAUCCGUUCAUCCAUCUCACCGGGCACUUCCUCUUCCUCGAUGAGCGGCUCGUCCUCGUCGUCAGCCAGAGGGCUGGCAUCAAGUGGCGAAAGGCUGCCCCUCCCUCGCCGUGCCUGCGGGCGGCCGUCGCCCUCCUCGGUAUCAUAAUCGUGCUGGGCGUGCUGGUUAGGUUCGUCGAGUGCGUCCAUCUCGGCGUCGUUGUGGUCGUCCAUGAACUCGCCGUCACGGUUGUCCACAGAAGGCUCCGAGUGACGGUCCUCAUCAUCUGAGCAAUGGAACAGUUGGAGUCUGAAUCAAUGACUGUCAAUCAUUGCUGACCCUGCUGCUCGUCCUUGAUUUUCUGUCGCUUGGUGGCCGACUCAGCGCCUGAGUGAGAGGCAGAAACACAGAUGAGUAAAUGGAUGGUGUGCUUUUGCCAUCGCUGCUUCUCUCUUACCUUCUGAUUUGCUCCGCGCUUUGUCAUCGUGGCCGCGCGGGAAGGCAGCCUCCCAUCCAAACGUGCCGACAACAACAACUAAUGCCUUAGAAACGUGCCGACAACACUGUCAUUCCUUCUCAUUCUCUGCACUCAAUUGUAAACGCAUGCAUGCGUUGCUGGGGGCACCCCCCGCCUUGACUGCGUCUCAUUUCCAUCAUCGCUGCAUACGCACGUGCAUAUGUAUACAUGCGCUCGACUUCGAUGUCGAAAAUCGCUUCUAGCGCAAGAACGAGAAGGCCAAUCGGCCAGGUUUUGAGUGGAGCGAAGACGCCAUUCAAUUCCCCACAACAUAGGCAGAUCGGAUUUUCGAGAAACGUGUUCUGUGUGGAGUUUUCCCUAGGUCUACGUGAAGCCCUGUAUGUCUGCCGGCACAAAAUCGCUUCUAGCGCAAGAACGAGAAGGCCAAUCGGCCAGGUCUUUCGCCUGUUAAGUGCCCCAGAGGGAGCCCGAAAACAUAGGCAGAUCGGAUUUUCGAGAACGGGUAUUGUCUUGCGACAUGCUCAAAAAGGUGGCGAUUUGUCAUAACCGCUCAGUUUGCUGUCGACGGCGGACGCUUCUAUGGACAAACACCCAGCAAAAACCCUUGCCCCCACAACACGCGGGCUGCAUCACAGUCAGCAGGCAGGCAGGCAGGCAGGCAUGAUGCUCAUCCAUUCCGACAGCCACCUGUCUGUCAUCCAACUAUAUAUAUGUACCAGAAAGUGUGUGUCCAUCCAUCCUUCCACAACUGCAACGAGCCAUCACACAAACGGCUCCUUGCAGUGGUGGGUGGCGAAGCUUCGCAGGCACACGAUAGAUACCCAGACACGCACAGCCAGACGCCCAAAAGGACGCUGCAUCGGAUAGAUUCGUUGGCGUAGGUACGGAGGAUAAGGCUAGCGCAAGGCUAGGCUGGGACUGGCAGGUGUGUGUGUGUGUAAACGUGCAUCUCUCUCUCUCUGUUGUCUCGCGUGGGCUGCAUGUCUGUCGUGCGUGAGGUGCUGGUGGCCAAGGCAUUGGGUACGUCCACAACAUUCCCAUUUCACUCACGUACGCCGAAAACAGACAGACAGGCGAAAAAGAAGACACCACCCCACGACAACCAAUCCCUGACGGCAGCCCCUCCGUGCGUAUGUGUGUGUCUGUCUGUACACGUGGGUACGUGCGUUGAGUUCCCGACCCGUUUGUGAGCAGAGUGACCGCACCAGCCAGACGAUACAAAACGACACUCACACAUCCGAUGGGAGCAGACAGGCAGACAGGCAGGCAGGCAGGCAAACGCGACAAUAGAAUGAGUUGACAGGCAGGUAGGCAGGUAGGCAGGAAGGGCAGACGAUGUGAUCAGAGAGAAGGAGAGAAGAAGAGAGAGGGGAAAAGGUCAGUGUGCUACGCGGCAUUCAAGC